GCCAUGGCUCGGGGCAACCCAGUGCCUAAAUUCUACAAAUCAGUUAUUGACGACGUGAUCGAAUGCGUCCAGGAUGUCUUUGUGGAAGAAGGCGUCGACGAACAAGUCCUGAAAGAGCUGAAGCGGCGCUGGGAAGCAAAAGUGAUGCAGUCCAAAGCAACAGAAGGCUUCUUCCAGCACAGUCACAUUUUGCCGCAGUUCAUGUUGCACCUGUCUCCCAACUGCAACCAACCCCUGCAGACAUCAACAGGUCGAUCACUGGUUUCUCUCAGCAGGGAAUGUUUUGCUGCUGGAAGAGGAAUUCGUCAGUUUACUGCUCCUACAUCAACAGCAGCUGCUGAACUGGGCACUUCCAGAGCUGGUGCUGCAAUCCUUACUCUGCCUUCAGGCCUCGCCUAUCCUAUCCAAAUACCUGCUGGAGUGACUCUGCAGACAACCUCUGGGCAGCUGUACAAAGUCAACAUGCCCAUGGUGGUCACCCAGGCCUCAGGAGGUGGGACGGUCCUCCAGAAUCCCGUUCAGCAAAUAUUCCAUCAGCUGGGCCGGCAGCCCUUGGUGCCUCCGUCUGCGGUGCAGGCGAACACCUUGUCUCUUCGAGCAGCCGGAAGGGAAAGCCUGCAGGCCCCGAAGCCUGCUGCAUCCGAGCAAAUGGGGAUGCGAGAGAAGGCCUUGCGUGGGGCUGCUGUCAUGCAGGAGGCUGUUGGGAGCCAGGGGAAAGCUGCAACGGGGACUCUGGUAAGCCAGCGGCCAUCUAGUUCCCCGGAACCCCCCCGGAACGCCAAUGUCCAAAUGGCGACUCCUGCCUUGAAGACGCCUGAAGCUGAUCACACCAUGGAAGGGACGGCAGGCAGCUUGUCCGAUGGGGGAGAUUUGGCUGUGAAUCUUGAACAGCCGCUGGAUCCUGAUGAUAUAAUUGAGCUGAUAAUUAUGGGCAAUGAGUUGGAUGACGGUGCCCUCCUGGCUGACGAAUCCAACCUGCCCUUUGCUGAACAGUUAGACACCAAUGUGCAGAUGGAGUCUCAGAAGGAUAUGGCCAAUGACCUGUCACAGAUCAUUCAGCUGGAUGGAACAGGCGAUGAUUCACCCAAGGGCGAAAUAGGAAGCCCAAGAGAUGGAGAUGAAGAGGAGCUCAUUGGCAUCAUUGAUGCUGAAGAUCUGAAAGUCCUAGAUGAAGAGGAGGAAGAAGGUGAAAACAGUACUUCAGACAAUCAGUCUCUUAGCAGCACUAGUGAUACUGAUGAUCCCUUGGUUGACAUCACUGAGGAGGACCCUUUAAAUUCUGGUGACGACGUCAGUGAGCAGGAGACACCAGAUGUCUUUGACACUGAUAAUAUCAUUGUAUGCCAGUAUGACAAGGUCCAGCGAAGUAAGAACAGAUGGAAGUUUUACCUGAAAGAUGGUGUGUUGUGCUUUGCAGGAAAGGACUACGUUUUUUCCAAAGCCUUUGGAGACGCGGAAUGGUGAAACUUUCAGAAAUACCCGCAGUGAUAUAAUC